AUGAACAACCCGUCAGCUCUCAUUCAAACGGUUCCGGCUUUAGACGGCAACUUGGUCACGUUUCUGUCAUGGCGAAAUCGACUUCAAAACGUUCUCCAACUUCAAGGUUUCCUCAAUAUUGUUAAUAAAACACUACCUUGUCCAAAUAACAGCGACUCAAAGGAGAAGUCCGCCGUCCGAUCUCCAGAACAAAGAGGAUACAAUCCCGAAGAGUACGGAGCUGAUUGGGAUGCCUUGUCUGAUAUGGCAUGCUCAACGAUUCAAAUGACACUAUCGUCUGACCUCGCUAUUCGUUAUGAAUCGGUAAAACCGGCGAGCAAACUCUUCUCCACCAUUUGUGAUGCUUAUGAAAAGAAUACCCGAGCGAGACGACUUCAGCUUCAGAAUGCAUUUUGGAUGGCUCGUCAUGAUCCAAAUCAGCCGAUCGCGAAGUGGAUCGCUCGGAUCCGAAUGGCGGCCUCGGACCUGGCUAGUGUAAAAUCAACUCCGUCUGAUCAACAAAUAUGUGAUAGGCUUGUUCGCGGCCUCGACGACUCAUGGAAAACAAUCAGAGAUCAUCUUGUUUACUCCCCCAACAAAGUUUCACUCGAUGACGCCGUCGGAGCAAUUGAAGCUCACAAGAUCUCAAUGACCACUUCACUGGACCACUCUGAUCACCUACCAACUACUGCUGCUGUUGCCAAGGCUAAAGGACGUCCACAAUGCUACACGUGCAGCGAGAAAGGUCAUCACUCGGCCGAUUGUCCGAACAAGAAGAAACACCUGAAGGCCUCAGCACGAUCGGUUGAAGCUCGCGCUGGUGCCACCUCUGUCGUUCAACUAGGGGGAUAUGACUCGAACGAUGACGAAGAUGACAGCUUCGACGAAGAAAUAGAUGUCUGGGGAUGA